GCCACUGCCUUUAAUAGAAUGCUGUGCAUUGUCGACGUCAAUUUGCUUUCAGACUGAUCCUUUCCGUUAUCCAGAGCCUGCCCAACUACAGCAGAGUUUCUUCAGCAAUAAUUCCUUGGUUUAACGGCAUUCUCGUGCGUGGUGGAACCUGAGACACCCGUCUCGUGGGGUGGGUGCAAACCCAGAGAUGCUUUGGUAUCUCACUACUUUUUGACUUGAAUAAGACACCUUUUCCGGUAUUACGAGAGAGAGUGAGAGAGAGAGAGAGAGAGAGAGAUAUAUAUAUAUAUAUACAUACCAUGGACGAUCUGGUAUAUGAAACAAGGUCUCAGAGCAGAGAGCAGGUCGUCCGAGGUCCCCAAGACAGAAUUGAGCCCGGUUCUACAUCCCCACAAAAUACACGUCGGCAGCGUGGACCUUCACAGAAAGUUAUGCUAUCAAAAGCAUUACAGAAGGCGAAUACCGCAGUAUUGUUGGACAAUGCUGCGAAUUUUGAAGGCGCAAUCGAAGCUUAUCAGGACGCAUGUCAAUUAUUACAACUGGUAAUGCUGCGGAGUAGUGGAGGCGAUGAUGAAAAAUCUAAAUUGCUGGAAAUACGCAAUACUUACGUGAGCCGCAUUAAAGAGCUGGAGCGCCUUGAUCUCCCAAUGCAACAGUACAGCGACAAGGCGCUUCCUGAACGACCGCUUAGCGACCAGAGCCUUAUUCCGCCAAACUCUCAAUCUGUGACAAAGGACGAGAAGAUUUUAACCACCAAAUCAACUUCUAGGGAGACAGAUGAUUACACACCACCUAUAACCGACAUUAACAGCGUCAAGUUACCAGAAAACCCCAAAGCUACCCCGAUUAGUGAUAUAGUUUCCCAAGCUGGUCCGUCCCAAGAAGAUACAUUUCUUUCGUCGCAUGAAGAGGCUUGUGAUGAAAGCAACUACGGCUUACCCCUCUCGCCUCGCCAGCAAUCCACUUUUGACUCCAGCAAGCGCCUCACUACAGGUUCAGAGUUAUAUGGAUUGAGUUCUUCGAAAGGUCAAAACCCGAAUAUUACCGGAAACGAGUCAACAUCAUGGCUUGACACAAUCGAUGAAUCUGGGCCUUCUUCACCUACAUCUACCAAGUCAAAGUUAUCAUUGUAUUCGCGAAACACGCAUUCUCGCCCGGAAAGCAAUGGCACUGAGGCUGAAUUUGAUGCUGCUUUAGACGCUGCAGUUGAAGCUGCCUACAACGAAGGCUUGGAACCUGCAUCACACCCCCCUGAAGACUUUUACGAAAAUGACGAUGAUGUCGUGUCUAAUGCGAGGAGGAAUAUUGAGAUUGCAAAGCAAAGAGUACGAGAAGCCGAGAGAGAAGCUCAGGAAGCGAUGGCUCGAGGACUAGAAAAAAGACGAAUGAAUGAUGAAGCUUUAUGGUCUCAAAAUGCUAGAAUGGAAUCUGAUUAUGUGGGUGAAGAGGCGGAAGAGGAGGAGCGUCUAUUGGAAGAGAUGACAAGAGGAUAUGUUAUGGAUGAUUUCGAACUUGACCUACAUACCAAGUCUGCAUUACCGCGACAAUCUGACUCGAGCACGUUUUCUGCGAGAACAUGGGGCAGUUCCUUGACCUCCAAUGCCGCUACAGCGGUCACGUCUCUGUCAACUUUAGCAGAGGAAGGUGUUCUUUCGUCUGAAAACCCAGCGGUGCCAGGCACACGGCCGCCCAUGCCCCUCCCACAGUCUGUGCCGCUCUCUCCGCCUUCGGGUGUACGAGCUCGUCGUUUAUCUGGCUCAAACAUGAAACAACUGAAGAUCGACACGAACCGUAUUGCUACCAACUCCCAGCCUCCUAAAACAGAGCCUUAUGCCAUGCCUUUUAGAAGUCCUCCACCGCCCAUGCCUCAGUUCGAGCGCAGGCCCAACAUACCCGUCCCUCCACAUGUGCCGUCCAAAUCACCACAGAAUAUGCUUCCUGAGAGGAAGGCUUCAUAUGAAUCUCUGAGGGAAGAUAGCUAUGGCUCGGGCCUUACAAGAGCUGUCACCCAAGAUAGCGAUGAUUUUGAACGCCCCAUUGUGCCGUCGCCUCCUAAGCCUAUCGGAAAAAUCACUUCUGCACCCGGUAUUCUUCGAAAGAAUACUUCUUCAUCUAGCCUUGGAGCAAUGAUGGCUAGAAAUAUGUCUGUUUCGACACCUGACAUAUCGACCGAGUCUCCAAACACUCCAUCCAGUAGUACUUUUCCAGCCUUUGACUUUCAAAGAGGAGGCCCGAAUGCUUUCAUUCCAGCGCUGCCCACGCCCACUGCGCAAACCUUCACCGUUAAUAGUUUACCUGGCCGUGGCCUCUAUCUCUUUAACAGUGAUAUACAUUCACCUUCAACACCUGGCUCACCGAAUCAUUUGGCCGCUAACGCCCCUUUGCCAUUGGAACCUUGUCCGGAAUCAUUUCUUUUGCGGCCUUUCUGGCUGAUGAGAUCCUUGUAUGAAACAAUUGCACAUCCUCGCGGCGGUUACUUAUCAACCAAAUUGUUUGUGCCAAGGGAAGUAUGGCGCGUGAAAAAUGUUAAAAUUCGUGGCGUGGAAGAUAAGAUUUCGUUAUGCGACUUGCUUACGGCAGCUCUACUCAAACUUGCUCAGGUUGAUACGUAUGAUGCUGAUGCAGUUCUAGAAGAGAUGCAAUCUUUUGAGAAUAUAUUGGAUCAAGUGCAAUCCACAUUUUCAAAGAAAUUGGGAAAUGAAGUAGGGGUACAAGGCACUCUUGCACUAAUCAAGUCGGCUUCCACCUCUGAUGACGCCUCUAUGGUCUCUGAGACUAUAUCGAGAAGCUCAAAUAGCAGUAGCAAGUCUUAUCUUUCGUCAUGGCGGAAACUCCGAUCCAAAAGCUCUGGGCCGACAGGCUCAAGUGCUACACCUAUUCCAACAAUUAGAGAGACUGGGAAGGAAAGCCUCACCAUGAAUACAUUGCCUAUGACAACUUCUCCAAGUACACGCAUUGUUAAGCGCAAUGUCACUCAGCUUCAGUUCACUGGUCCAAACGCGAAUUAUAUUGGGGCUUUGGCACGAUUAUUUGAUGCCGUCCAGGUUUUAGGUAAGGCAUCAACUUUCCCCUUCUCUGUACUUGCCAGUACUCAUUAGAUUCUAGAUCAAAUUGCCCGUCAGGUAGAAGACCCUGGUCUCAAGCAUUCCUCCCCUACCCAUGUUGGUCUGGAAUUAAGCACUCGCCAU